AUGGCGGCUCAAUUGCCCGCCGUCAUCACGCCGGCUUUGCUGGCUUCCAUCAGGAAACAGCCGCACUUGCCGCGCAAUACAUGGUACUUUGUGGCGGCCACGACGUUGGCAGUGCUGAAUCGUCCGGAUGAGAUCCCGACGGUAUACAAGCACGUGCUGACCCAUGGGGUCGACCAAGGCACCGAGGACGCACCCUCGCCGGAGGAGCAACUGAAUAUUUCUCGCCGUAUGCGGGAAGCCCUCGUGAAGACCGCCGCAAUAGGAGGCUUGCCCAAGACCAUCAACGCCCUUCUGGAGCUCAAGAAGCAUACCCCAGAGCAGUUGGUGGACGAGCCGUUGGCUUUCUCGCCAACUUCAAGGCCGCUCGAGAUGUAUGACGUGCCGUCGUCGCAGAUCUUACAUCGAGGCCAGCGCUUCUUUGACAUGAUAUAUGGCAAGGUCUCGAAGCGCGUCAUGGGCCAGAUGGAUCGGUCUGGCACCGAGGAUCUAGGCUUGACAGCAAGACUCGUGUAUGGCUACCUGCUGAGCAACACGGCCGUUUUGACGCCGGCCGAAACCUCGUUUGUCUUGAUUGCGGGGCUCAUUCCACAAGACGUCAACCCACAGCUCAAGGGUCACCUAAAGGGAGCCCUGAACGGCGGCGCAACAGUGGACGAGGUCAAGGCUGUGCGGAACAUCUCUAUGGCAAUCUGCGAAUCAGCCGGCAUGCGGAUGCUGGAUAAGUGCGCUACGGGCGGCUGGGGCUGGCGCACCGAGCCGGCGAACCUAUAA